AUGUCAGCGGGUGACAUGUGCGUGUCGGCGGCGCGAGCGGGCCCGGCAGCGCGAUGGCACCCCGCGUGCUUCGUGUGCAGCACCUGCCACGAGCUGCUGGUGGACCUCGUCUACUUCUGGAAGGACGGCCGCCUGUACUGCGGCAGACACCACGCCGAGACCUUGAAACCAAGGUGUUCUGCAUGCGAUGAGAUAAUCCUUGCUGACGAAUGUACGGAAGCUGAGGGCAGAGCGUGGCAUAUGAAACACUUCGCGUGUGCCGAAUGCUCGCGUCAGCUGGGCGGGCAGCGGUACAUAAUGCGUGAGGCGAGGCCUUACUGCCUGCCGUGCUUCGACAAUUGCUUUGCAGAGUACUGCGACGCUUGCGGUGAACCCAUAGGUGUCGACCAAGGCCAGAUGUCUCAUGAAGGGCAGCACUGGCACGCCACGGAACGAUGUUUCGCUUGCCAUACAUGUCGCGCCAGCUUGCUAGGACGUCCGUUCUUACCUAGAAAGGGAGCUAUCUACUGUUCAAUAGCGUGUUCAAAAGGUGAACCCCCCACACCGUCAGACUCUUCCGGUCCCGGGCCUCGACCACCAAGAGUUCCUCGACCCAGAAGAAUGCCUUCUCCAAAAUCACCAGCGAGAUCACCUCAAAGAGAACCAUCCCUUCAUAUAGAUGCAGAUUCGGAGCCGAGUGCCUCUCUAGCUCCGGAGUCUCCCCCGCCACACCCACCACCACCACCACAUGCUUGCCUUAGCUUAGAUAGAGCACUAGCGGACCUAAGGUUAGAACAAUCAUUGACCGAGCACCAAAUACAGCCCACGCCUACUUCGGAAGAAAUGAACGAGUCUCCAGAGCCACAUUGGAAGCCUCCACAUCCGGUCGAGGCGCAGACUGUGGUGACCCCGGGCCACUCUACGUCUAUGCCAGAAUUGACACUUGUAGACGGCAAAGGAUCUCAGAGAAAACCAAGAGGGGGAAGAACGGUAAGAUUUUGCGGUGACGACAAUGAAGCGUUCGAGCCCGACGAACCGAUAAGGAAAGAAAAAGUUAAAGAUGAAGACGCCAAUAGCUACUGUAGCACCUGUUCCUCGUCGUCCUCGUCGACGGAAUCGUACACGCUGCCUACGAGACGAGCGUACGGCGGCGUGAGAAUAUCGUACGUACCCAACGACGCUGUGGCGUGUGCGAAGCGUGAAAGACAGAGAAAAAAUGCUCAAAACGAUAAAAACUGCAUCAUUUCG